GAGAAAAGGAAGAAGGUCAGGUGACCUCCCGCGACCCAGCACUUCCCCCGCUAAGGGGUGGUGAGGGUGGGUGGGUCGGGGCCAUGUCGCAACUCAAGUCGCCACCGUCGUCGCUUUACAAGCAGCGCUCCUGGUCUUCCGAUACGUAUCGGGAUGAGGCCUGGCUGAGACGAAAAGGCAACAGCAAAAACAACAGGAGAAGGCGGAGCAAGAGCGUUACGGACGAGGACCUCGAUGAGCUCAAGGCCUGCAUCGAGUUGGGUUUUGGGUUCGAUUCCCCCGAUUUGGACAGCAGGCUCUCCGAUACCUUGCCAGCUUUGGGCCUUUUUUAUGCUGUCAACAAGCAGUAUAACGAUAGCGUAUCCAAGUCAUCUUCUUCGUCCACCGCCGCCUCUGAGUGCGAUGCCUCGUCGCCCCUGGGUAGCCCUCACACCAUAUUCACUCCAGGUGACAACCCUCAGCUGGUGAAGACGAGAUUAAGGCAGUGGGCUCAGGUAGUUGCUUGUUCGGUGCGGCAAUCUUACUGAUUUCAAGCGAGACGAAACACCGUCUACCAUCCUUUGUUGGAAUUCCCCACCGACUUUGUUUAUUAAUUGAAAAACCCAAAAAAAAAGAGCCAUUAGACCAACUCUGCAAAUGAAGUAAUGAAUUUCUUUUCUCUUUUUAUGUCUA